GCGGAGGUGGCUCAGACAGCCAGACUCCCGUUGAACGGGCCAGAGGCAGCGGGGAAGAAGGGCCUGGCGGGAAGUGUGCCCAGUGAGGCCUGGUGGGACUAGCGAGGACUGACGGCCGUGCAUGCUGCACAUAUGCGUGGGACCAACAGCACACAGGUCCUUACCGCUAGUUACACAGCACAACACCUUGGACCCUUCUUUCUCCUUAUCCAGAAGGUCAACUCUCCAUCAUGGCCGCGGGAAAGUGGUUGACGGACCUGCGGGGUUUAUUGAUUGUCAUACCAUGGGCGCUCUCCCUAGUCGUCAUGGACCUGACCCUCUCUUUCCUCCUACCAAUCAGUUACCUUUUUCCUAAUUGGGUUUACAACGCCUCGUCCUUCAUCGCCUUUGCCAAUUGGAACUGGAUCCAAUGCAUCUUCGAGGUCUUCAACGGGGGGAAGAUCACCAUGUCUGGUGACGUGCUGCCAGAGGGUGAGUCUGCCAUCGUCAUUGCAAAUCAUGUAAGCUGGACGGACUUUUAUAUGAUCCAGGCACUGGCUGUCCGGGCAGGUAUGCUGGGCCGAUGCCGCUGGUUUGCCAAAAUCGAACUUCGAUGGGUACCUCUACUGGGCUGGGGCAUCUGGGCUAUGGGUAUGCCCAUGGUGAGUCGCAAGUGGACAAAGGAUAAGAAAGAGCUGGACCGUGUCUUUGCUGGCAUCACGGUGAGAAAGUGGCCAACAUGGCUUAUCAGCUUCAGUGAAGCAACGAGAUACACACCAAAGAAGGCCGAGGCCGCCAGAGUAUGGUGCAAAGAGAACGACAGACCGAUGCCGAAACAUCUCCUCUAUCCCCGAACAAAGGGCUUCGUCACCACGGUCCAACACCUGCGGAAGGCGAAGCACGUUGUGGCCGUGUACGAUGUGACGAUCGCAUACCAACAUAAGCAUAAGUUUUUGGAGGCUCCAACGAUAUGGGAGUCCCUAAGUUGUCCCGUUUUGAGUGGGAAGAGAGGAUCCAGAGUCCAUGUCGAUGUUAAGAGGAUACCACUGGUGGACCUACCAGAAACAGAUGCCGAGCUGGCAAAGUGGUUAGAGACAAGAUGGAUGAAAAAGGGGGGGUUCUUGGAGGGAAAGAGAGAGGAAUGGUCGAGGUCCUGAAGCCGGCCAAUGAGGCUGAGCGUGCCAAGUGGUCACGUGCCUCGCGGCGCAACUGCAAGUUGAAGCUGUUAGCAGAAGCCUAAAAUGCGACUGAGAGAGUUCUUUGUCUAUCGGCCUUUGAGCGCACAAUCUAUCCCUAAAUGUCGUUCCCAAAAUUCAAAUAUAAAGAAUAAAGAAUAAAGAAACACUCAACCUCCAG